UAGCGUUAUAUCUUCAGCUGCUGUUUACUAGGGGGAGUUCCGUGUUGCCUCAUCGUGCUAGAAGGAGUCGUCGUAGCGGGCAACAGAAUCACCGUGACCACGGCCGAACAACCUCCGACCCACCGUCCUCUCCCCGCGGCGGAAACAUGGCACCACUAAGCCUUCUGGAAAAGGCUCAGGUAUGGCUCUUCAAGGCGGUCAAUGGAUUCUUAUUUACGGUGUUUCGGCUCUUGUCCCCUCGGACACCCGUCAUGUCCGGGAAGAAGCUCCCGCCCAUCAGCAACCCUCUGCUGUUCGUGUCGGCGACGCAGCUCGCCAAGAAGAUCCGCAGAAAAGAGGUGUCAAGUGUAGAGGUGGUGCGGGCUUACAUUGACAGGAUCCAAGAAGUCAAUCCCUUUGUGAACGCAGUUACAAAAGACAGGUUCGAUGCGGCCCUCCAGGAGGCAACGCAGGUCGACAAGCUGAUUGAAGAGGAAACUGGAGGAGAGGAGGUGCUGGAGGACCGACUGCCUUUACUGGGAGUCCCACUCUCUGUCAAAGAGUCCUUCGCCCUCCAGGGCAUGCCCUACACGUCCGGUGUGGUCUCCAGGCGAGGAGUGGUGGCCACCGUGGACGCUCCUCCGGUCGCCCUACUGAAGAGAGCGGGGGCCAUCCCGAUGGGUGUCACCAACACCAGUGAGCUGUGUAUGUGGUUAGAGUCCCACAACCAUCUCCACGGCAUCACAAACAACCCAUACGACCUGGAGAGGAUACCAGGAGGGAGUUCAGGUGGGGAAGGCAGUAUACUGGGAGCAGCAGGCGCAGUCAUUGGCAUUGGCUCCGACAUCGGCGGCAGCAUCCGUAUGCCCUGUUUCUUCAAUGGAAUAUUUGGCCAUAAACCCACUCCUGGUGUUGUGUCCUGUGAGAACCAGUACCCUCCCAGCACUGGCAGACAUAAGGAGUACGUCAGUAGUGGUCCCAUGUGCCGCUACGCUGAGGACCUGCUGCCCAUGCUCAAGAUCAUGGCGGGACCCAAAGCUCACAUGUUUUCCUUAGACACAAAGGUUGACCUGAAGAAACUGCGGUUCUUCACCAUCUCCCAUGAUGGCGGCUCUCUUCUGACAUACCCCGUCAGCAAAGAGCUCAUGGACAUUCAGAGAAAGGUGGUGGAGCGUCUGGAGGCUGACCUUGGAGUGCAAGUCCAAGAAGUGCGUUUCCCCGAGCUCCGCUACAGCUUCCAGAUCUGGAACACCUACAUGGGUCUUCCUGACAAAGAAGGAAAGCCGCCUCAGGCAUUUGCUGAGCUGAUGGGGGAACCAGGUCGACCUGUGUGGCCUCUUUGGGAGCUGCUGAAAUGGAUGAUGGGAAAAUCAGAGCACACCAUGGCUGCAAUCGGUCUUUCCCUGGUGGAGAUGACCAAUGUGUCCAAACCCUCGCCCUUUAUCAUCCAGCAGAAGGAGAAGCUCCAGAAGGCAUUGGACGAGCUGCUGGGGGCCGACGGUGUUUUUCUAUACCCCUCGCACCCCCGGGUGGCUCCCAAACACCACCACCCGCUCUUCAGACCCUUUGAUUUUGCCUACACAGGAAUAAUCAACAUCCUCGGGCUGCCAGUCACGCAGUGCCCUCUAGGUCUGGGGGAGGAAGGUCUGCCCCUGGGUCUGCAGGUCGUUGCUGGGAAGCUGCAGGAUCGUCUAACCCUCGAGAUGGCUCUCUACCUGGAGAAGACGUUCGGAGGCUGGAGGGAGCCCGGGGCCAACUAACUCACAAGCUGAAAGCCAUUACCAAAACUCCAGACUAGAGCUGGUGGGACUGAAGAUUGUGGUAUUAUCUGCCUUGCUGCUUGCUGUUGUAAACAAAGAGGCACAAUCAGACCGUUGAAUGUUUGAGUGGAAGUGAUUUUUGCACUAAUGCGUUGUUCCAAUAAGUGUCAUUCAUGAUUUUAUAAUUUACAGACUAGUACAUCAUGAGCACAAGCUUUAAAAAAAAAAAAGAUGAAAAAAAAAAAAGAUUUUUAUAUAAGUGAUAAUUGAGCAUUCACAUUAACACAUAAAACAAGUCUUUCAAUAUUGGGUAUCCACUAUGUUAACAUUGUGAUAUGAUGCCAGUAUGCAAACACAAUCAAAGUGCAGUGUGUAGUGCAGAUACCUACCUUUUAUAGAACUUGAACAAUUAGUUCUUCCUAGUUUUUGCACUGAUACCUGUACAGUGACAUGUGUACCGGUAUGUGCAGUAGACCUACUGUUACUGUGUUAUUACUUUUAUUGUAUGUUAACUCGUAAAACUUCAGCAUGACUGCUCCAAGGUUUUACAUGCCCUGCACACCCACUGGUGUCUCUAAUUAGACCUCCGCUUAGUGGAGCUAAGAUGAGUUUUUUUGUUACCGGACUCCUUGUCUCGCUUUGCCAGACCUUCCUCCACCGCGGCACUGCAGAGGAAGGUCUGGUUAGUCCACACAGCAUUCCGGGAUGGA